AAAGAUACAUACAUAUAUAUAUAUGUAUAUAUAUUCCAUGCGUUGAAGACCGCGAAACUCGGAUACGCGUGAACGAUAUUCGGAUCGAGUGAGAUAACGAGGGAAGAAGAGGAAGAAGAAGAGGAAGAAGAAGAAGAAGAAGAAGAAGAAGGAGGAGGAGUUGAGAAAGAGUGGCGGAAAUCGAUGGAUUAGACCGAUAGGAUCCCGUCCGGUCCUCGAGAGGAAGGACAAGGGUCGGUUCGUGAUAAAUUACGGCACGAUAACCUCGGAUUAAUUGGUCCAAUUGGUUUCUUCGCUACGAGAUUCGAUUGCUCGCGAACCACGCGGUGGCUCUCGAUCGCGUUUCACGCGAAGGAAGAGGAAGAAGAAGAAGAACAGUGCGGUUCGAAGAUAAAUCGGCAACGCGAUCGAACAACAAUCGAUUGUCCGCGUCGCACGAAUGUGAACGAGUAACCGUAUCUGUAUCGUACAAGUAAUCUUUUUCCACGACCGAGGAUCCAGGGGGAGGGAGAGAUGGAAAGUUAUCAUCACGGUAACGACGUAUCGGGCACGCCGGAAACGGAAGCCGGACCAUCGAGCACCGAACAAUGCAGCAACGAGCAAUGCGCCAACUCGUUGGACGACGCAGUCGGCAAACUGCUUCAAGGCUACGACUGGACCUUGCUUCCGGUCACUUCUCGCGCGGGCGGCCGAAGAAGCGCUCACGUGAAACGUCCGAUGAACGCGUUCAUGGUUUGGGCUCAAGCGGCGAGACGCAGAUUGGCGGAUCAAUAUCCGCAACUUCACAACGCCGAACUCUCGAAAACUCUGGGAAAACUGUGGAGAAUUUUAAGCGACGGUGAGAAACAACCGUUCAUAGAGGAGGCUGAAAGAUUGAGGAACGCGCACAAAUGGCAAUUACAGUAUCAACCGCGUCGACGGAAACCAAAAUCGGAGGAGCAAAUGGGCAUCGUGAUGCAUCGGACCGCCUUAUCCUCCCCCGCCACGUCUCUAGAUUCUACCAACUCGUCCGAAUGCGCUUAUCCUCGUCUAUAUACAGAUACAGGCAUCAAAAUGUACGAGAGGCCGACUUAUCACGACAACAAAAUCAAUUACGACGUUUCGAGAUCAUCAAGUUGGUCGAACGACACGAGCAAAUAUCCGGCCGAUCAUUCGAUCGUAGAAAGUAAAUCGUACGAGGGUGGGAGAUACGAAUCGAACAUGGCCAAGAGUUGCUACGUGGACGCAAAGUGCUACGAGACGGUCAAAUAUCAUCACGAGGUAUCCGCCGCCGCCGCCGUCAAGUAUCACGAAGCGAUUCCAAAAUAUUCGGAAUUGCAAACGAAACCUUACGAUCUACCAAAAUAUCCCGAGAAUCCCUUAAAAUAUCCCGCUGACGUUACCAGCCCGAGUAAAUCGUACGCGUGCGUACAUGGCCAUUACUCCGCUCCCGAGGGAUACACGGUGCACGAAGAAAAUGAAUAUCAAACGCAGGGAGUCUCGACCCAUUCUUUUUAUCCGUAUAUUUCCGCAUCCAUGACGCAACCACCUUAUUACAUGGGCCCACGAUAAAUCUGGAACUAACAUCGGGAAUGGAUAGCCCGUUGUCCGGGCCGUUGAUAGUCGGUUGAAACCGCUUAGCAAUGUUUACUUUCUUUCUUUCUUUCUUUCUUUCUUUCUUUCUUUCUUUCUUUCCUAUUUAUUCUUUGACAAUAAACUUUAAACAACCAAAUAAAUAAACGAUUAUUCCGUUAA